UGUUGGCACGAUUCAGUAAUGAAGAUAUGACACUUUCUUUGCAAGAUUUCUGAUGGUUUGAUUCAAAGUUAAGGUACUGGUCAGUGUGUGUUGGUUUACGAUACACUGAAACUGAAAUGGUACCAUUCUUGCGUUUGACCAAAGUGUCCAGGAAAGUGAUACUUUCAUCGUGUUCAAGCUCAACAGUGAAUUUGAUUUGUCGAUGUAGGCCGUUGAUGUGUUCAUGGAACUCUUCUAGAUGAGAUCAUUUGAUUAUGGCGAAUACGUCGUCAACAAAUCUUUUCCAAACCUUUCAACGUCUGUCUGAUGUGACUAAUGCUGUUGUCUCCUGUGCUUGCAUGUAUAUUUCUGCGACUACUGAUGAUGCAGGGCCUCCCAUGGCAACUCCGUCUGUUUGAGUGUAGAAGUUCUUAUUAACAGAUACCAUGUUUUGGUUAGAACAAGUUCGACCAAACGCAGAAAAUCCGGUACUGGAAUCUUUGUCUUUUCACCGAAUGCAGCAUCGUUUUUGAUAAGGUCUUUAAUGAUGUUUAAGGUGUCUUUUAUGGGAACAUUUGUGUAGAGUGAUGUGACAUCAAAUGAUACCAUGCAUUCGUGGUCUGCUAUCUUUAUUGCUCUGAUGUAUUCCGAAAAUUCUUUUUAGUUUUUGCUGUGGUCACUUGCUGUGAAUUUGCUGAGGAUGAAAGCAAAAAAUUUUGAUAGGUUGUAUAACGGUGUUCCAGUGCAGGAAGCUAUUGGUCGAAUUGGAUCUCCCUGUUUAUGAAUUUUUGGUAGUCCGUAAAAUCGCGGUGGUGGUCCGUCACAAGGUUUCAGUCGGUAAUACUGCUUAUCGUCGAUGUAUUCUUUUCUCUUCAACUCCAUUAAGAUGUUCCUCGCUUCUUGUUUGAUGACUUCUGUGGGAUCUUUCUUGAGAAGUUGGUAAGGGAUCGUCUCAAAAUGUUCGUACGUUUUUUUCGUAUAAUUAUACGAACGCUACGAAGUACUUCGUUUCGUGAAACGAAUGUCAUACGAAGUGCUUCGUUUAAAAUAAAAAAUAUAAACGAAGUUUAUACGAACUUUUUUAAUACAUGAUACGAACUUAAACGAAGUUUUUUUAUCAUACAAAAUAAAAUGAUACGAACUUUGAACGAAGUAAAUUGCUAUACGAUCUUGAAACGAACUUCAAAAGUACCGGCGUAAUAGCGCGUAAUUAUUUCAAUACAAAAUCAGAAACAAAAGAAUUAAACGAAGUUUUUUUGACAUAGGAAAAGAAAUGAUACGAACUUUAAACGAAGUAAAUUGCUAUACGAACUUAAAACGAACUUCAAAAGUACCGGCGUAAUUGCGCAUAAUUAUUUCAAUACGAAACCAGAAAUAAAAGAAGUAAAAUAUACGAUUUAUUUUAAUAGUUUCAACCAAACUUAAAUUUAAUAUCAAGCAUUUGUAUUUCCUUUUUAAAAUAUCGAAUUUAAUUAAAUUAAACAGUUUUUUUUAAAACUAGCUACUUUCAUAGCAUGUCUAAAAAUUACGACAGUGAUAUCGAUUGGAUAUAUGACACAGCCAGUUCCGACGACGAGACUGAUUUGUUGCAAAAUAAAAAUAAAAGACGAGGAAGACCAAGCAUACACGAGAAAUAUCCGGAAAUAAUUACUUGUGUCAAGACGUUGAUAGAACAGGGUUCUGCUGAAGCUCACUUACGUCGGAGAGACAGUGUUAUGUACACAAAUGGGCUUUCUUUGAAUGAUAUCGUUAUGCACGUCAAAAAAACCUUGGGUAUAACUGUUAGUCGCCACACCAUUCACAGAUUAAUGCUUCCACCCCGAAAAAAAAACACAGCGAGUAAAAACUACAAAUGUCUGAUAGACGCACGUGUUCCUCCAAAAAGAAAUACAAAAGAAAAAAAAACACACGACGACUUUCAUUUCACUUGCGGUCAAGUUCGCAUAGUUAACGAAAUGGGAUAUCUUUGCAAAGAAAACACACUUAUGCUGUCCGUAGACAAUAAAAAUAAAGUUGAUGUGGGUAUUCCAGCGAACAGCAGACGAACGAAAAUACGCACUUUUCAUUUGGUUAACGAAGCACCAAAUUAUAAUGAUCACGAUUUUCCAAAUCCAAACUCAAAGCUUGUGCCUGCUGGCUACCAAAUACUAAAGGACCGAAUACAGCGGAGUCGUUCUCUUUCUCCUGCAAAGAAAAUUACUUUUCGACGCAAGCGAUCUUUAUCCGAAGGAUCAAACAUUGACAACCAACUCAAACGAUUUGUAAGAAUAUCGAAAGACAAGUUGAAUCGUUCAAUAAUAAACUGGCCGCGUUCUGGAAAACUUCUGGUGCAGUUGUAUCCAUCGCGUCUUAUUGAAAGCACCAACGUGAUGCACGUCAAUCAUAUGAUAAAUUUGAUUGAAAAAGAAAGAAAAAUAAAAGAAAUCGUUAAUGUUGUUGCGAUUGCUGACGGAGGCCCUGACUGGUCAGUUAAGGGCAUUAUUAAUUUCAUGUCUAUGGGUUUGAUUUUAUAUUGCAUCAUUAAAUUAUGUCUUUAUAAACUUCUCUUUUUUUAGUUAAAAUGGUGAAUAUGUAGCGGUUAACGUUUUAAAAAAAAACUGUUGAGCUUGUUA